AUGACAGAGGCCAAAUGGGCAGAGGUGGACAAUGACCCAGGCUUGAUCUUCACCUUGCAGUCCAUCCAGAGGAAUGCCCCAUGGGCACGCCACAUCUACGUGCUCCAGAACCCAGCGUGCGAGAGCGUUUGGAAGAGGAAGCUGAAGCGAAACCUCAUCCCUGAAGCGUCCAAGACCUACUGGGUGGACCGAUGUUCGCUGUUUGCGCACCCCUCCAGCGAGAAGAAGGGCAGGUCCAGCUUCAAAAAGGAGACCUCUCGGGAGACGGCGAUUCUGCAGCAGCUGGAUGAGACGUUCCCGGAGCUCGGCUUGUACCAUCAGGGCUCGUUCCAAAGCCUCCUUGAGCAUUCACGCCCCUCCCGCGAAGGCCGCCAGAAAAUGCGGAAGCAGAAGCAGAUGGAGAUGGUCACCAGCAGUGAGGGGCCUGUGUGCCCAACGAGGAGCCUCUAUGCUGUGCAGACGGUCCUUCACCACAUCCCUGGUUUGGCUCCGCGAUUUAUUUUGGUCAAUCCAGGCGACAUAGCUCUGAAGCCUUUGUCGGUGAAGAACUUCUUCUAUCAAAUGAAGCCACGCUACCCAGCAGUGCAAGCGCAAGAGGUCUACAAGAAUCAGACGUCCAUCGCCCAGCGCCUCUCCGCUGCGCUGGGCGGCACUUCCUUGCCGCGCUCGAGCGUCAGCCGCGAGCGGCGCGUGUGGGUGCCGCUGACGACGCGGCUCUGCGCGCGGCUCGAGGAACGCUACCCGGGAUGGAUGAGCUUCGUGCGCUCUCAUCGUUGGGGGAAGUAUUCCAGCUUGUUGAACUCCUUCGGCACUCCAGCCAGCGAGCAGGAAGAUAGUCAAGAGGAGUCUCUCCAGGGUGUUUGGUGGUGGUAUCUCAUGUCUCAUCCGCACUCCGGCAUGCGUCACCAUGGCAAGCUCUUCGAAGAGAGGCGCUUGAGCUCGGAUCUGGCCCAGUGGGAGGUCCUGCUGAGCGACCCCACCGUGGCGGUCGUGACGCUGCACGGCGCCAGCGACCCGCUGCAGGAGGAGGUGCCGCUGCGGCGGCAGCUGCGGCAUCGCGUGAGGGACCUGAUCGCGAUGCAGAUCUCCGUGGAUGGAAGCACACAGGAGUCCCAGGAGGAUGUGGAGGAUGAAGACCAAGAAGAGGGACAUGAGAAGAAGGACCUCGAGCAGGACACCUGCCACCUGCCACCUGCUUGCUGCUUGCGACACCCUGCGUUGCGCGACCGCAUCGCGUGCCAUGCAGCUCGGCUAUUGGAACAGGGCUGCGAGCUCCAAUUCCAUGUGAGACAACACGAGGUCUUGGCCAAGCCAG